AUGUCGAAGAAGGCAACAACACCGACACUGGAUGAACCCCCGCCCCUGCCUCCACCGAGUGUUCCGCCUCAAAUAACAGUUGCCAAACCAACAAGACAAGACAUUGUCCAUAUUAUAUUUCUUUUAGCAAACCUUACUCUGACGAGCCAUGCACUCCAAACGCUGCUCAGGCCAAUAUUCGGAAAGACAUUCGGUCCUUUGGCGUUUCACGCUGGUGUACUAUUUGCAUUUAUCGCUUUCUCGUUUUCAUUGCCGGAUAAUGUCAAGCAGCAACGAAAUGCACUAGUAAUAAUGUCUAUGCUGCAAACUGCCGCAUCGCUGGCGGGGAGGUCGUUAGGAGCUGUUGCUGCACCGUUGUUGAUUGAAGAACCGACACUUGCCUCUGGACUCGUACAUGCUUUAUUGAGUUUUCCGACACUUGGCGUGGGAGGCGCAGUGUGGUUGAAUUGGACGAGAAGGUAUAUGGAUCCGGAGCCGACAACGAUGGGUCGUAUGACCGUACGAGUUUUCACUUGUGUGGCUCUUACUACCAUCAUUAAAUAUGCAGAACCGCUCGUUGGUGACACACUCUUACAACAUUUCAACAUUCCUCCGAAUGCUACAUUAGUCUGUCUUGCAAUGACCACAUACACACUCUCAAUUAUCUUUAGGCCUGACCGUUCUGUCUUCGACGUGCACCAAAUUAGCAAAAUCAUAACGGUCCUCUCACUAUAUAUGGUCGUACUUGCAGUUUCAGUUCCACCUUACACGCCAUCCGCGCUCUCCGUGCAAUAUCAACGUUUCACCCCAUACGGAUUUAUCCAAGUUGUAGAUAACCAUUUCACUACACCGACAACUCGGUAUAUUCGCCUUGAUGCUUCCGUCCUUGGAGAAGUGGUAUUGACGGACGAUGGAAACGCGGGAGAUGCAAAAGGCACGGCAAAUGCAUUGUUGGAAGCUAUUAUGCUUGUGCAGGGAACCUCUGACAAACGCGCACUUUCCAUCGGGGUCCAAACUGGCGCCGUAGCCAAAUCACUCAUCUCGAAUUCCUAUAAUACGACAAUCGUAGACGCCAGGGAACAUCUCAUCGCCGCCGUCCAAAAUUACUUCGGUUUGCAACUCCCGGAACCCAGUAAGGUGAUCACCGAAGAGCCAGCUGUUUGGGUCCGACGUCUCGCUGGAGAGAACGCCGAUGAGAAGUUCGAUGUGAUUGUGCAUGAUGUAUUUGAAGGCGGCGAGUUACCCGCAAGGCUGUUCACUAUGGAGCUCUGGGCUGCACUGGGAAAUGUGCUGGAUAAGGAUGGUGUAUUGGCUGUGAACUAUGUGGGGAAGCGGAAUUCUGUGACAUUCAAGUCGACACUGAACAUGCUGCGCAAGAACUUCAAGACGUGCAGAGCUUUCCGUUCAAAUCCGGUUGACAAGUUGCCUUUGGCAGUACCUCAUGAAUUUAACGAAGUGGUGAUUCUCUGUACACCCGCCGAGUCGCUCUCGUUCCGCUCUGUAUCAACUAGCUCGGAUCACUUCUCGAUGAGCACGGCGGCUGUGCUCUCUAGCCUGGAUGCGCGCGAGGUGGAUAUCAAAGAGGCACUUGGAGAGACACCGCCAGAGCGCUUCUUGUUGAAGGAGGAGGAUCCGGUUAUGGGGAGAUGGGGAAAGGAUGGGAUCAAUGAUUAUUGGAAAUCGGUUUCCACCGUCUGUUUGGCAGAGUUACUGAGAAGCACGACGGUAGUUGUCUCACCGAUGCUCGCUGUCGAUUGGUGGACUGGUCUCGACGAAGUUAUCCCUGCCUCAGACUCUUGA